ACUCCAUGGUGAGGGAGUCCAAGAGUACAGACAGGCGUGGCUAGCAGCUUCUGCCCCAGUUUUAAGUGACUGCCCUUCCUCUCCCAAGACCUGAUCCAUUCUUUGUGACUUGGAAGCCUAGUUCCACCUUCUGGAACAACAACUCUCAACAUAUGCCAUUUGAUUCCCCCACUUGGAUCCUCUGUCUACAGACUUAUUCCAGUCCUGAGGAAGUCAUUUCCUCUUGACUCCAGAAAGCUUCCUACCCCUCUCCCUUCAUCCCUGUGAAGUCAGCGCCUUUCCUCUCCUCUUCCAGUUUACCUUCCAGAUUUGGUCUCAUGUUGUCCUUUUCCCUUUUUUUCAACAAGGGGGGCAUCCCUUCAUCCACAUACCCUACUCCUGUACCUACUCCUCCCUACCCUACUCCUGUACCUCCAGAUUUGGGGGAGAGAAAAUGGGUGAGCAGAAUUGUCUGGCCUGAAGAUGGAGACUGAAAAUAAACUGGAAAAGGGUGGCCAGGAAUGGGGGAGGGGUGAAUGAUUAGAGGUUGAGAGUCCAGGGAAGGACAUCCUCUGGGUGCUGAGGAAUGGGGAGGAUUAUGUCUGAGCUGGAGAGCAUUCACUGGAGGACCAGACUGUUGACAGGAUGCUCAGGCCCGGACAGAGUGGGCUCUCAUAUGACAUUGCUUGAUGCCCCAUGCCCCCUUCCCUUCAUGCUCCACCUCCUACUUAGGUCAAUGUGAGCCCUGGACCUAGAGAGGCCCUUGGAGUCGCCACUGUCCCAUUCUACUCUCCCUGGCCCGCCUUCCCUGCCCGCCCCACUGGCCAGUCCCCACGCCCACACACCCUAGGCUGUCUCAUCUGGCACUGAUUAUCCCUGCCGCUGCUGCUGCUGCUGCUGCUGCCGCUAAACUCAGCUGCUGCCUCUGUCUCGAAGACCCCAGCACCUCUCCCCCCGGCCAUGCUGCCUGCUGCCACAACCUCCCUCUCGGGGCUCCUCCUCACUGCCUGGGCCCUGCUGCCUUUCACCCAGGGUCAGACCCCCAACUAUACCAGACCUGUGUUCCUGUGUGGAGGGGAUGUGACUGGAGAGUCAGGUUAUGUGGCGAGUGAGGGUUUCCCCAACCUUUACCCCCCCAAUAAGGAGUGCAUCUGGACAAUAACGGUUCCCGAAGCCCAGACUGUGUCCCUCUCCUUCCGAGUCUUUGACCUGGAACUGCACCCAGCCUGCCGUUAUGAUGCUCUGGAGAUCUUCGCUGGGUCUGGAACCUCGGGUCAGCGGCUCGGACGCUUCUGCGGGACCUUCCGGCCGGCACCCGUAGUCGCCCCCGGCAACCAAGUGACCCUGAGGAUGACGGCGGACGAGGGCACUGGAGGACGAGGCUUCCUGCUCUGGUACAGCGGGAGGGCCACCUCAGGCACUGAGCACCAGUUUUGCGGGGGGCGGCUGGAGAAGGCCCAGGGGACCUUGACCACGCCCAACUGGCCCGAGUCCGAUUACCCUCCCGGUAUCAGCUGUUCCUGGCACAUCAUCGCACCCCAAGACCAGGUGAUCUCUCUGACCUUUGGGAAGUUUGACAUUGAACCAGAUACCUACUGCCGCUAUGACUCUGUCAGCGUGUUCAAUGGAGCAGUUAAUGAUGAUGCCAAGAGACUAGGGAAGUUCUGCGGUGACACAGCCCCGGGGCCCAUCUCUUCUGAAGGGAACGAGCUCCUUGUCCAGUUUGUCUCGGAUCUUAGUGUCACCGCUGAUGGCUUCUCAGCCUCCUACAGGACCCUGCCUCGAGGAGCAGCUGAAGAAGGGCCAGUGCAGAGCCCAGGGGAAGAUUCCCUGCCAGUUCCCCCAGUUCUCCACCAGGGCCCCAAGACUGGAGGAGGGCCCAAAGUCAAGCCCAAACUCCCACUCGCAGAGAAACCUAAAGUUCUGCCGGAGGCCUCUGCAACUCCAGGCCCCAAUGUACCCAGUGUUACCUGCCCAAAGCAGUGUCGGCGGUCAGGCACCUUGCAGAGCAACUUCUGUAGCAACAACCUGGUGGUAACGGCAACAGUGAAGUCCAUGGUUCGGGGCCCAGGGGAUGGCCUCACUGUCACUGUCAGUCUCAUUGGUGUCUACAAAACUGGUGGCUUGGACUUGCCCUCUCCACCGACUGACACCUCCCUGAAGUUUUAUGUGCCGUGCAAGCAGUGCCCCCCCAUGAAGAAAGGAGCCAGUUAUCUGCUGAUGGGCCAGGUGGAAGAGAACGGAGGUCCUGUCCUUCCUCCACAGAGCUUUGUGGUUCUCUACCGUCCCAACCAGAACCAGAUCCUCACCAACCUGAGCAAGAGGAAGUGCCCUCCCCAGCCUGCUCGGGCCACUGCGUCCAGGGCUUGAGACCCAGGCCAGCUCCAGCCCUUGGGAACCCCUUUCCUAUCCAAAUAAAAUGUCCUUGUUUAAGGAAGGGGUCACAUUGCCACCUCUAUGGCUUUGGGACCCAUCUUGGGAAUUUUAUUCAUUCAUUAAAGUUAAUAGACACUUACUAUGCAGAAUUAUUUUUUAAAAAUAUAAAUCAAAUCUUGUCAUCUCUUUGCCCAAAACUCUCCCAUAUUCUCAACACACAUAUGCCAGCGCAUACACAUACACACUAUGGAGAGGUGAUGGAUACAUUAAAUAGCUUAAUUGUGAUCAAUAUGAAUUGUGGUGAUCAAUUUGAAAUAUGUAUACAUAUUUCAAAACAUCAAAUUGCAUGCCUUAGACAUAAUUUUUAUUGCAAAGGUAUCUCAAUAAAGCUGUUUUUAAAAUAUAAAACUCCCGGACCUCCCCUGGUGGCGCAGCGGUUGAGUGCUGGGCUGCGAAGCUGCCCGCAGCCUCUGCAGCGCUGGUUUGAUCCUCAGCUGCCAGCAAGGGUCCCAUAUGGCGUGACAGACCUCUCCUUCCAUGCCGCUACUCCCCUCAGCAGUGUAUUUCAUGAGUCUGUUCUGUUCCCCGCUCUGGCUCUGGUGAAUUCUCUCGCCCUCCCACGCUGCUGACUGUACCCAGUGCUUGUAUAAAUAAAUCUUUAAAAAAUAAAAAUAAAAAAUAAAACUCCCAUAGUUUCCGAUAAUGC